AUGCAUUUCAGGUUGAUCUUUGCCAUUGUCCUGCAAGCUGUCUCGACAGCGGCGGUCGACACCAGUGUCGAUCUCGGAUACUCGACGUACAUUGGUACAGCUCUCUCCAACGGCCUGACCCAAUGGUUGGGGAUUCGAUAUGCAGCAGCUCCUCUGGGUGAUUUGAGGUUCGAGCCUCCGCAGGACCCUCCGCACGAGACGGAACCAAAACAAGCAGAUGUGGCAGGCCCGGCUUGCCUCGAGGUGGGAGGUGACCCAGACGACACCUCGAGCGGGGAGGACUGCCUAUUCCUCAAUGUCAUGGCCCCAUCGGACGCCACUUCAGACUCGGAGCUGCCCGUGUUCGUCUUCAUCCAGGGUGGAGGAUUCAGCAAAAACGCAGACCCCAACAUCAACGCGACGGGUCUGGUUGAAGCAGCAGACCAUGACCUUGUGGUCGUGGCCAUGCAGUACCGUGUUGGACCCUACGGCUUCCUGACAGACGGCAACAACAUCAAGGCCAACAAUGGGCUGCGUGACCAGCGCAAGGUCCUCGAGUGGAUUCAGGAUCACAUUGCCAAGUUUGGAGGCGAUCCGGACCACGUCGUCAUUCAGGGUGCAAGCGCCGGUGGCGCCAGUGUCACCUUUCACCUCACGGCCGAGAACGGCGAGGACAAGGGCCUCUUCCACGGGGCCAUCAUCCAAUCGGGCUCGUUUGCCUCGAUGCUGACGAUUGAGCAGUCGCAGUACCAGUACGACAACCUGACAUCCCGGCUCGGUUGCGCGGGCAGCGACAGUCUGAGCUGCCUGCGCGGCAAGACGGCCCGUGAGCUGCAGGAGCAGAACUUCAACAUCCCGCUGCCUGGGGGCGAUAACCCUCCUCUGUACCAGUGGCUGCCGGCGAUUGACAACGACUUCGUCACCGACUACACGUACCGCGCCAUAGCCGAGGGCAAUUACAUCCGCGUUCCGACGAUAGUGGGCGACGACAGAAAUGGAGGCACCGUGUUUGCGCCCAGGACCUUGUCGACGCUGGAGGACAGUAAUCAGUGGAUUAUCGACCAGUACCCGGCCAUCAAGGCAGAACAGCUGCCCAUCAUCAACGCCCUGUAUCCGAACCCCAACGACUCGUGCCCCAGCGAGGGAUGCUACUGGCGCCGUACAGCAAACAUAUAUCAGGAGAUUCGCUUCAUGUGUCCCGGUAUAUACAUCAACCAGGCCAUGUCUCAGGACGAGAGCUCAUGGGCCUAUCUGUACGAUGUUGAGGAUCCAGCCCAGGUGGCGCGGGGCCUCGGUGUGCCUCACACGGUGGAGGUAUAUGCCAUCAUCGGGCCGCAGUACAGCUCCAAGGCUCCGCAGAGCUACAAGACUGGAGGGAUCAACGAGUACGUCACACCCGUCAUGCAGGGGUACUGGACCAGCUUUACGCGCAGCCUCGAUCCCAACAGAUACCGCGCCGACGGGACGGCGGAAUGGGAAUCAUGGAACGACGAGCCGGAGAAGAGAAUGGUGAUUGGGACGGGGGGGACAACGGAGAUGGAGGAUGUGGACUCGGACCUGAAGAAGAGGUGUGAAUUCUGGAUCAAUCAUGGGCUUUCGAUGAGCCUUUGA